UUGCUCAAUUUAUGCAAAAUCCAAUUCAAUUCAUUAUGUUUACAAGUUAUUGCGAAUAAAAAGUGAAUUUCAUUGUUUUUUGGUUUUGAGAUUUCUUUUGUUGUGAACCAGAAUUUUAGUGUCCAAAAUUUUGCAGACGACUUUCACGUUUUGCAGCAAAUAUACAUAUAUGUAUGUGUGUAUGUUUAAGUGUAUGUUUGUAUGUUUAUACAUAUGUACGUUGUUGAUUCAUGCGUGUACAUAUGUUUAUGUGCACAUCGGUCAAGGUAGUGUGCGCGUACUCAACAGUUGGGCGCUUGCUGUGUAUAAGCGCCUGAAAUCCGGCAAUACAACCACGCUUUUAACAAAAGCAGAUCAACAACAAUUUAUAUUUAAAUUUUUCCCGUUUUCCCAUAAACACACAAAACUUUAUAUUUCUGCAUGAAACUGUCACCGCAACAGAAAGACUCAGGGGGACUCAGGUGACAUUUGCGAUUGGAAAAAGUGGACGACUGACUCUUGAAACUGUUUAACAACAAAUUGUACUAGUUACUAAAUAAGAUUGGAAGAAAUUAAUAAACUUGUUAUUGGCCACACCGCGUUGUGUGUUGUUGUCCUCAAGCGCGUUUUGAUAUCGACGCCGCCGUCGUGGCUGCCAAAGUCAUGCCACCAACUGCGUGUGAGCCAAAUUUAUGAAUGAAAUGAGUGCGCGCACAUGCCAGUAAGUGGGUGCUGUUGCUGUUGCCGUUGCCAGUGAAAGCCAUGCGCAGCGUUGUGUAGGAAUAAUGUCUGUGUGUAAAUCAUAUACUUUUGUCAAUAUGUUCAGCUCGCGGUGUUGAUAAGCAAAGCAACAACGCGCCAAGAGCGCCAUCAACAACAACGAACCCAAUACGAACGCGCGUGUGUGUGUGUGCACAAGUGAGCACUUCGAUGAGCAUUUGAGUAACUAGACACCACUUAAUUCAGCGGUCUGAGCUUUGUGAAAGUCGGAUCUCACCACUUUUGCUAAAUCAACACAGCGCGGCCGUUGGCUAAAAGGCAACUCCGUAAGCCGAGUUUGUUGCAAUCGCAGCUCAUUCGAUGUUUCGUUUGCAAAGUGUUAACUUAAAUUAUAGAAAUUCAGUCGAAAAUUAUUAAUGCGCGUGUAUCUAUUUAAAUCGGCGGUACGGAAUAAUGUGCGCGUUUUAAUUAGUGAAGUUUGUAUAUUUUUGAAAAUGUGAAAAAGCUAAAAAUUUAUUGCAGUUUGUGUGUCAUAAAAUAGUGAACUGAUUUAAUAUUUAGUGCUAUAAUUUAAAAGUGUCAGUGGAGCAGUGUAUUAUGAAGCGGAGGAAUUUACUGCUGAAGCUGUGCGCAUUGCUGACAACGCUGUCAUGGCAACUGACAGUUUGUUCAGUUGUACAUGAAGACCAUCUACCCGCCCAAGAUGAUCUCGAUGCUGCGUUAGCCGAGAGUUUCUCCAAUGGAAUAGCGAAUAGUACCGACAUGGUACGUGCUGUACGGGAAUCUAUACGGCAACAUGAACUAUUGCAGCAACGUAAUAAACAUCGCAGAUCGAAACGUGCAAUUAAACGCGUUUGUUAUGGCGAACUCGGUUGUUUUGAGGACUCCGGCCCUUUUGCCUAUCUGGAAAUGUUGCCUUCGCCACCUGAAGAUAUCAACACAAAAUUCUACUUUUACUCAACAAAAAAUCGUUCCGAACGUCCUCUCAUGGAGUUGCCGUUUCUGAAUAUGACUGACGCUUUUGCCGAAGUUGCAAGGUCUUCUCAUUCUAUACGUCGCAGAGCGGGUUCAAUAAAUGAUACAGCUGCAGACAGUUCCGCCACAACAACAAUGACGACAACUACCACCACGACGCAACGGAGCGUUUUCAAAAGGACUCCACUGACACUCGAGGAACUGCAUGGUUUCGAUGAGUUGUCGGUUCGCGUAAUUGUACAUGGUUUCGGUUCGGCUUGUCCGCAUGUGUGGAUCUACGAAAUGAAAACGGCAUUGAUGGCGGUGGAAGACUGCAUUGUUAUUUGUGUGGACUGGGAGAAUGGCGCUACUUUCCCGAAUUACGUGCGUGCUGCAGCCAAUACACGUCUGGUGGGCAAACAACUGGCUAUGCUUUUGCAGAACUUGAAGGAGUACAAAGGACUCAACUUGACGCGCACGCAUAUAAUCGGUUUCAGUUUGGGUGCACAUGUGUCUGGUUUUGCUGGCGCUGAACUGCCGGGUUUGGCUCGCAUUACUGGUUUAGAUCCAGCUGGUCCACUGUUCGAGGCACAACAUCCCAAAGUUCGUUUGGAUAAUUCAGAUGCGGAGUUUGUGGAUGUUAUUCACUCGAACGGUGAGAAUUUGAUACUCGGUGGGCUGGGCUCGUGGCAGCCAAUGGGACAUGUGGACUUCUAUCCAAAUGGUGGACGUGUGCAGACGGGUUGUUCAAAUCUUUUUGUGGGCGCCGUAACGGAUUUCAUUUGGUCCGCACAAACUGCUGAUGAGGAGGAAGGACGCUCACUUUGUAACCAUCGACGUGCUUACAAAUUCUUCAUUGAUUCAGUUGCUCCACGCUGUAUGUUCCCUGCUUAUCCAUGUAAUAGCUAUGAUGACUUUAUUAAAGGAGAGUGCUUCCCGUGCGCUCAAAAUGACGAUGAUCUUACUGAAGGUGUGCCAAGAUGUGGCAACAUGGGUUACUAUGCUGAUAGAUCCACAGGCCGUGGGCAACUGUAUCUACUUACAAGAGAGGAGGAGCCAUUCUGUGCGCAUCAAUUCAAGCUGGAGAUAUUCAAUUCCUUCAAUGAUUUGCCUUUACGUACUAUUGGACGCUUGGAGGCCACACUUGAAGGGGAGGGUGGCCUAAACGAAACCUUCAAAAUAUCGGAAAAAGACGACUCUGAAUUUUUCGCCGGAGACAUUGUUUCAAAAAUCAUUGUUCCACAUCCCGCCUUAGGCUUUCCAACUACACUUAGUUUACACUACAAAUCUUAUAGUGGUUGGUUGUCUAAGGGACUACCGCAUUGGGACAUCGAUAAGGUUAUUCUAACCGACAGCUUUGGGCGUAGUCAUUCCCUCUGCAAACCAUCGACCAAGCUUUCAUCGGGUACUCCUGUGCGUCUAAAGCUUUUAACAGGUAAUUGUGAAUUAGAGAACCAAGAUGAAUAUGGUACUUAUAAUGUGCCCACCACUACGGUGCCGGACUCCAAUGGACAAGAGAGCAUAGAUAAUUUGGAAACCGAUAGCAUAGAUGCGGCCAAACAAAGUAAAGACUAUUUCAAUCUUGGCACUAGUUUCCGACUAGACCAAAAUAAUUCAUACGCUGACAAUGACUUGCCUUGGCAACCCAUAUUCGAAGGCACCAAUUCCCUGGACAAGGAAGUGGGUGAAUCCAGUCGCAGUUUAUCCGUCGAACCAACCGAAAUUUUCGAACCCGUUUUGAACGACCGUCGUCUGGGGCUUAAGAAUGCGCGGAAUCUGCAGGAAUAUGGCGUAACCACGGAGGAAAUUGUUGAGCCCGUUUUAAAGGCGACCACACCACGUGUGAAGAAGGCAAAAGAGAUAGUCUUCACAGACUCACCGUUGGACACAAAGAAACCGGAAAUCAUUAAAAUUACACCAAUCGCUGUACACAAUGGACCCGAGCUACCGAAACAGAACUCACAGGACGAAGUCAUCACUGUGCAAUUGCUACCCUUCCGUCUCGGUGAUUUGCUACAACGUGCAGAGCGUUACGCACGUGAGACACUGUUACCGUUAAUCUCUGUGCAAGCGCCGAAAUUCUUCGGCUUCAACGUAGGCGGCUCACCAGCGAGUAGUAGUGAACAACCAACUACUCUAAAAGAAGAAGCACGUAAACCACGCUAUAUACCACGUUUUGAGGAGGCGUCGUUCUUGCGUGACAAACGUGUGGAGGAAAAUCGUAGCGUCCGCAAACCGAUAACAGAUCUCACAGUGGCUGAGUCGAGAACACAACGUAAUAUUUUCAAGCUCUUAAGGCCGGAUAGCACGGAAAAAGCGGCGAGUACUGUUGACAGCAGUGUCGAUCGCUCGGGUCAGAGACGUGCGCUUACCUAUUACACCAAUAUGAUGCUCACCGAAUCGCGAGCUUUACGACCGGAAGAUCCCAGUUAUGAGCCAGUAUUCAUAGAACUACCCACCUAUAGGCCCGGUAAAAUUGCGAACAAAAAGUCGGCUGAAAGAAAGCCCUGAAACUAAAGAGCUGCGUUGAAUGCUGGAAACAGUGUGGGUUAAACACUAUUUGAAUUGUGUAAAACUGCGUGAUAAGUCAAAUGCUGUAGACGCUCAUCUCGUCACUAUAACGUUCUUUUUGACCAAAAAAAAUUAUAUCAAACGAAUUUGUCGAACACUUCGCUGAAAAUGCUUCGCUGCUUUUUUGAAGUUGCACUUAGCCCUCGGUCUAACCAAAAAGAAACAUAACUAAAUAAAUUGUAUAGUUAAUAAAAAUAAUAAUUAUUGUGAUCGCCAUUAAAGUGCAACCCUAUGAGUCGCCUAUUAUUGGCCGAUUUUAGAAAUUCAACACAACAUUUGCGUCCAACUUUAUAAAACUAUUUAUAUUUAAUAUUUUCUAAGCGCAUCUACUUAGAGAAUAUUUAAAUUGUUUGAUGGAAUUUUCUGUAAAUAAUCUUCUAACCCUAUCGCUGUUCUCCAUUUACUUUAAUUGUUAAUAUUAGUAAACAAAUUUGUUUGGUUAAGAAAAAUGAAUUUUUAGCUUCUUGGCUCCCGAGAGUCGUGUUGGGUCUGCAUUAACUCUUGGAGUCACUGUUAUGCUGUUCUGAAUUUGUUAGUCUGUAAGAUAAAAUUUAAAUUAAGGUACAUAUAUAUAUUUUAUACGAAUAAAUUAUUUAAUUUUACAAGUGAAAUAACGAAUUAUAAUUUCAGCGACAAUUAAACACUUCCGGAGGCAAUUUUAGAGACUUCAAUAGUUCAAAGACUUCAAUGAUUAAUAUUUCUUAGUUAAAAUUUUUUGCUAAUUUUAAUUUUUCCUUAAGGCGGAAAAUAUGUGUAAUGAAAACUAGAGUACCUUAUUGCGGGAAACAUGUUGCCCAUAACAUUGCUGAAAACCAUUAAUCGACCAAGACUCUACUGCGGUUUGUGUUAUUUUUUUAUGACUUUAAAUGCGGAAUAAGUUCUUAUUGUUAUUGUCAUUUCGUGAGUUGAAUACGUUCACCAAACUUAGGUUUUGAAUAAAUCGUUUGUGACAUUCGCUGUGUGGCCUGUGGCGUCGUCCUGUUGGAACCACAUCCAUUUCGGACCAAAAACAUUUGGUAUUAUUGAGCGGUAGCGAUUCCUGUAACUUGCCGGUCUUGAUUAUCACAGUAGAAGUACGGCCGAAUGACGCCGCCGGCCCAUAAACCGCACCAAAUCGUAAUUUUGCGGAUAUCAAUGGUGACUCAUGAUUAUUGACAAAGCCAUUCAGCCAGAAAAGAGCCGGAUGAAAAUCUGGAUCGUUUUCAAAUUUUUGGUCUCAGUUCUUGCGUCAAUUUUAUAUUGUAAGGAUGGAGACCUUGAUGUUUUAGCAAAAUUCGAAACAACGAUGUCACAGAGAUGCCCACGUCUCGAGUACGACAUGUGAGAGACUGAUUUGUCUCACUGGUACGUGCCUGUGGAUCCACUAAACCCUCAAUUGUUGAUCUGCCAGAACGUUUAUGGCGACCAUACAUUGUAUGUAGAGCUCUUAAAGUUGAGGCCACUGACUCCAAAUUUCUGAGGUACGUUAAGUAAUCUCGACUCGUUGUUGGAUCGUAUAUCCUUCAAUGAUGAAAUGACAAACCUUACUGAAGAGAAAUGUCAAAUCAAAGAAAUGUACCUAUCGGUCUAUUUGAAAAACCUUUUAUAAACACAUGUUUCAUGGCAAAGUAUCCGGUUUCUAGUCAGGAAACAAAACAACUACAGAAUUGACAGAAUUAAACAGAAUUAGCUAAAUUUAAAUUAAAAAAUGUUCUUUCAGAAAUUGCUAGAGGGAAGUGAUUUUUUCUCCAAAUUUUUCAAUGACAGUAAGGACCUCGUAACCGGAACGGACCUGAAUUUACAUACAGCUAAGGACUGGACAACAUUCGCAAAAUUAAUUGGUGAAAAUUUUGUGAUUCUACUGUGCUGUGAACAACUUUUUCUCCAGUAAUAUUGGACCAGCUGCAUUCAUCAUAACCAGCGUUGGGGAUAGUCACUGAUGAGAGGUAUGUACUAAUACUUAAUAUAUAAGUAAAUUAACAGCAUUAGGUUAGAAAUUACUUUUGAUUUUGCUUUUUUGGAAACUAAACAAAAAAAAAAAAUUAGUGUUGACGAGAAAACUUAAAUUCGGAAAACUUUAUUCAGUGUAUCAACCCAACAAGCAUUGGAAUUGAAAUUCUCAAACGUCGGAGAAAAUAUUAAUUUUCAAUUUGAAGUUUAACAUUUAUGCAAUUUGAAAAAAAAAAACAUUUUCUUAAACGUUUCUCAAAGGCUAUUUCUCAAAUUUGUUUCCAUCAUUUUACAAUUUGAGAAAAACCAUUUUCUCGUUUCAUAUUUGAGAAAAUGUUUGAGAUUUUGACAUUCUCAAAUGGAGAACAAAAGAAAAUUUCAUAUUAAAAAUGUGCCUUUUGGUUUGUGAAUGGCUAUGUUUUCAAAUUAAAAUGCAUUUGAAAACAAACGUUUGAGUUGUGAAAUUAAGGUUGAUUCUCAAACGCAUCUAAAUUUGAGAAUCAACAAAAAUGUUUGUCGAGAAAUUUUAUAUUUUUUAAAACUACAUUUCAGUAAGUAAAUUUGUUAUUUAAUAUUCUUUUUUUAGAAAAAUCCUUGAAGACCAUUUGUAAAUCAUUUAUUAUUUCCUAUCAUGCCCGCGUUAAGCAUUAAUAUUUGAAGCCCUCAAUUAAUUAUGAAAUCAUUCUGAACUCCUUCAUUCAAUAUUUAGCGAGUUUUGCAUAAAUUAAUCAAAAAUGUUUUGAGUCACAAAAAGUUCCACGCCAUUUUUAUUAAUAAAAACACCAUCGUUUUGUAUAUUUUUUAAUCAUUUCCUCUUUUUAUUAAGAUUUAUACCAAAUUUUCACUUUGGCUUGUUACGUUUAUCUGUUUUCUUUCACUUUUCUAGUUAGUACGUUUACAAUUAUUAUUAUUUAUUUUCUUUUUCUUUGUAUACACUUAAUAAAUUUCGAAUUAUUUAUGUUUUUUAUAAUAUUUUAUAUAUUUAUACAUAUGUAUGUAAGUAUAUACAUAUGCGUGUGUAUGUAUAUAUUUUGAAGAUUUUUUACAAACAAAAAAACUUGUUUUAAUGAAUUAACUUACAAGUGGAGUGUAGAGUUGUCUUGCCUACGCCGAAAUGGUUUAUAAAUCUCACAUUGAUAAUUGUUGCUCUUUUAUUAAAUAA